AACAGCAGCAACAACACCAACAUCAUGCCAAGCCGUGCACAUUUAGAUGAGCUCUUGGAAGCAAUCAAGGGCGAAUUCGACAACCUUACCCGGGAAACCUCCCGCUACCAGGACGACCACCACGAGUACGAAAUCAAGUUGAACCAGCAGCACCAGGAGUUGACCAACAUUAGCAACACGGUCUACGAGUUGGAGCAGGCGCAUCGCUCGAUGAAGGAAGCGUACGAGAGAGAAAUCAUGAAGUUGAAGCAGGAGCUCGAAGUCAGAGACCGCUUGUUGGAGCAGCAAUCGCUGCAGCAGCAGGCCGUGGCUGCUCAGGCCCAGGCCCAUGCCCAUGCCCAGGCACACGCACAGGCACAGGCACAGGCCCAGGCGCACGCACAGGCCCAGGCGCAAGCUGUUCAGACCCUGAACCCAGCUCCCUACAGCCAAACGCCCCAGCAGUUGCCUCCUCCAAACCUCUCCUCUACUUCUCCUCCAGCAUAUAGCAACCAGCUGAACAAACCUGACAUCUUCAACAACAGCGGCAGCAGCGUCGACAAGAAGACUAACAACACGUUGGCUCCAAUCGCUCCUCUGGCCUCCUCGCUGCCAAACCCCGCCAGCAACGAAGCAACGUCUCCUUCGUCAAGCAAAACAGCCACUUAUUCUGGCUCCAAAUCUUUGACAAAGCCCCAACCAGCUGAAGAAUCGUUGAUAAAAAGAGCGCAACACAACAAGCCAAUACCUGCCUUCUUAAAAGAUUUUGAUGCCUUUGGCUCUCUACCAUACAAAAAGCAGCAUAAUGAUUAUUAUUUGGUCUACAACCCUAAGAUCCCCAAGAAAGUCGAUAUCUCCUUAGUUCAUUCGUUUGACCACACCUCUGUUGUGUGUUGUGUCCGUUUCUCCAAGGAUGGGAAGUUCUUGGCAACAGGUUGUAACAAGUUAACCCAAGUCUUCAGUGUCGAAACAGGUGAUCUAGUUGCAAGAUUGAACGACGAAUCAUCCGUUUCAACCAAUGGAGGUUAUGAUACCGAUACAGGCGAUUUGUACAUCAGAUCUGUCUGUUUCUCCCCAGACGGUAAAUUCUUAGCCACCGGUGCUGAAGAUAAAAUCAUUAGAAUAUGGGACUUGGCUACUAGAACAAUCGUCAAAUAUUUGAAGGGCCACGAGCAAGAUAUCUACUCUCUAGAUUUCUUCCCUGACGGUAAGAGGUUGGUUUCCGGAUCUGGCGACCGUACUGUUAGAAUCUGGGAUGUUUACAACGGUCAAUGUUCCCUGACUUUGAGUAUAGAAGAUGGUGUAACCACAGUUGCUGUCUCUCCUGAUGGUUCUUUGAUUGCGGCAGGUUCUCUUGAUAGAACCGUUAGGGUCUGGGACGCAAAUAAGGGCUACCUGGUCGAAAGAUUAGAUUCCUCAAAUGAAUACGGCAAUGGUCAUAUGGAUUCUGUUUACUCGGUAACCUUCACCAACCAAGGUAAGGAAAUUGCUUCAGGUUCUUUAGACAGAACAAUCAAGCUAUGGUCUUUGAAAGACCUAGACAAGCAACCAAGCAGUGUCUCAAAAUCCAACUGUGAAGUUACUUAUGUUGGUCACAAAGAUUUUGUGUUAUCUGUCUGUUGUACCCCUGAUGAUGAAUUCAUUUUGUCCGGUUCUAAGGACAGAGGUGUCAUCAUGUGGGAUAAAGAAACAGGUGAACCUUACAUCAUGCUACAAGGUCACAGAAACUCAGUCAUUAGUGUCUCUGUCUCGCCUGUUCUCAAUCCAAAUGGUGGCUACUUUGCAACCGGUUCAGGUGAUUGUAAAGCUAGAAUCUGGAAGUGGGAAAGAAUUACA